GAAAGCAGUUAUUGAUGAUAAAAACGGAACCAUUGAAGAAACUAAACAACAAGAGAAUAAAACUGUGAAAAAUGAAGUUCAUGAUAUGAACGGAAGCAUUGUCGAAACUAAACACCAAGAGAAUAAAUCUGUGGAAAGUGAAGUUCAUGAUAUGAACGGAACCAUUGUAGAAACUAAACACCAUGAGAAUACAACUGUGGAGAUGAUAAGAACGGAACCAUCUUUGAAACGAAACACCAAAAGAACAAAACGGCGGAAAAUCCCGUUGCUGAUAAGAACGAAACCAUUGUUGAAAAUAAACACCAAGAGAAUAAAACUGUGGAAAAUGAAGUUUAUAAGAACGAAACCAUUGUUGAAACUAAACACCAAGAAAAUAAAACUGUGGAAAAUGAAGUUAAUAAGAACGGAACAAUUGUUGAAAAUAAACACCAAGAGAAUAAAACUGUGGAAAAUGAAGUUGAUACGAACGGAACCACUCUUGAAACUAAACACCAAGAGAAUAAAACUGUGGAAAAUGAAGUUCAUGAUAUGAACGGAAGCAUUGUUGAAACUAAACACCAAGAGAAUAAAACUGUGGAAAAUGAAGUUCAUGAUAUGAACGGAAGCAUUGUCGAAACUAAACACCAAGAGAAUAAAACUGUGGAGGAAAAAGUUGAUGAUAAGAACGGAACCAUUUUGAAACUAAACACCAAGAGAAUAAAACUGUGGAAAAUGAAGUUGAUGAUAAGAACGGAACCAUUGUAGAAACUAAACACCAAGAGAAUAAAACUGUGGAAAAUGAAGUUCAUGAUAUGAACGGAACCAUUGUCGAAACUAAACACCAAGAGAAUAAAACUGUGGAAAAUGAAGUUCAUGAUAUGAACGGAACCACUCUUGAAAAUAAACACCAAGAGAAUAAAACUGUGGAAAAUGAAGUUGAUAAGAACGGAACCACUCUUGAAAAUAAACACCAAGAGAAUAAAACUGUGGAAAAUGAAGUUAAUAAGAACGGAACAAUUGUUGAAAAUAAACACCAAGAGAAUAAAACUGUGGAAAAUGAAGUUGAUAAGAACGGAACCACUCUUGAAAAUAAAUACCAAGAGAAUAAAACUGUGGAAAAUGAAGUUGAUAAGAAGGGAACUAUUGUCGAAACUAAACAGCAAGGGAAUAAAACUGUUGAGAAAGCAGUUGGUGAUAAGAAUGGAACCAUUGUCAAAACUAAACACCAAGAAAACGUAACGGUGGAAAAUGAAGUUGAUAAGAACGGAAGAGAUAUUGCGGUUAGCAAAAAGGAAGAUUACAAGACCUUGCUGCAAGGGGUGUACAAUAAGACUGGAACAGAUAAAGCAAUUAGGAAAAAGAUAGAAAACAAAACAUUUGAAAAAGCCGUUGUCAAAAACAACGAAACCGUUGCUGAAACCAUCGACCAAGAAAACAAAACGGUUCAAAAACCCAUUUGUGAUAAAAACAGAACAGAUAUUGAAGUUUGUAAAGACGAAAAGAACAAGACUUUGGAUAAAAUGGCUGAGAAUAAAGGAAAAAAUUUGGAGACUAAAGAACAGGAGAACAAAGCAUUGCCACCAGUCACAGGUGAAAAAAAUGAAACAUUUCAGGAAACUAAGGAGCAAGAAAACAAAACGAUAUUUUCGAGGAAUGAAACGGAUGUGGAAACUACAGAACCAUAUGAGGAAAUUUUACCACGAGCGAACAUAAUUUCCGAGAGCGAGACAAAAACUGACGGACACGAAAGCGAAAGUCUACAGAACAAAUCGAUGAAUCUAGAGAGCAAGAUAGCGGAAAUUGAAACGACCACGAUAGCGAUUGAGGAAAAAACUGAAAGUAUUCAGAAACUAAAUGAAGAUCUCAGUAACCAAACAACACUUGUGCAGAACCAAACAGAACACUUGCAGAGAAAAUCGAAUGAAAUGAAAAACAGAAUACAAGAAGUGGAAAACAAGACGAUGCGAAUAGAAAACGAAUCAGAUGCGAUGUUAAUGGAGAGUGUCAUUAUGGGGCGAACGAUGCUGCGUGUGGAGACAGAAACCACUGACAUUGAAAACAAAGCUGUGGGUUUGAAGGAGAUGACCGAGAGUCUCCAGAACAAGACAGGAGACCUGCAGGAAGGAACUCAGAGUCUGCAGGCCAAGAUUAAAGCUUUACAGAACAAGAUGGCGAAUUUAGAGAACAUGAUGGCGAAAAUUAUGAACAUGACAGUAGAUAUUGAAGACCAAACAGUAGGUCUGGAAAAAGAAACCUUAGAUUUGCAUAAUAAGACUGUCGAAUUAGAAGACAAGAUGACUGGUCUUUAUAGUUGGACUCAACAGAUGCAGAAGCGAACCUCGCAGUUGGAGAACAAGAAUAAUGAGCUGCGGAGCAAGACAGUCGGCCUACAUAACAAGGCAUCAGGCCUUAAGAAGAUAGCUUUGCCUGUAGAUGAUAUGUUGUCACCAAGGGAAAACAGUAGGCCUCUAAGACAACAACGCCGGAGAGCAAAACAAUCCUACUACUGUGGAAAGACAAACUGCUCUAGUAUAACGUCUGGCACAAGAAAGUACGCACAGUAACCUAAAGGGCAAUCCACAGUGGGUUCUGCUGAGGCAGACAGAUGACAGAGAGGCCGAGGAGAUCUGAACGAAGGCUCCUCGUCCCUGUCAUGGAAAGGAAUGAUCUUUUCUUUUCCUUUCAGAAUGGAAUGACUUUUUCUCUAUGAAUGACUUUUUCUCUAUAACUUACUAA